AAGGAGCAAACACCACCAUCUUCGAAACCUAAUCUCUGCCUCUUCUGCCCCUUCUGUAAUUCCCAAUCCCACCCUUCCCUUCCCUUCGAUUUCUCCUCCUUCCUCUUUUUUUUUUUUACCCGCCAAAUUCAACUUCGCCCAUCUCCAACGGCUCCUUUACUCCUCCUGUUCGAUUCACUCGUUGUAACCCCUAGAUCGGUUGGCUUGGAUCUUGUGCUUUCUCGAAGUUUCUGUUCAUUACCCCCCAGAUUUUGAUUCUCGUACUGUAGCUGUCUUUUUACGAGUGAGACUUUUUUUUGUUUCUUUCGAAGCAGUGUGAUAUUAAAAAAAAAGGUAAUGGCGAAUCGUGAUUUAAUGCUUGGACAGAAUCGUAGUAACAUGGGUAUUAGUCAAGAUCAAUCGUUGGUGCUUGGUCACAGCCACACUCUAGAGCUUGCUCAAAACCACGAUAUGAGUUUAGGACAGGCUCAUCAACACGAUCACGAGAUCGACUUAGGACAUCAGCAUGAUGAUGAUCACGAGCUAGGCUUAGGAGGACACAACGAACACCAAGAUGAUGAAGAAGAUCAUCAUCACCAUCAUCAUCAUCACGAUUAUAUGAAUGAGAACGAUCAAAAGCCUGGACACGACCACGACCAAGAAGACGUUGAUCAAGAUCUUGUUCUCUCCUCGCAACACCACGACUUCUCCUUGUCAGACAACAACAACAACAACCAGUUAGUAGUCGGAGGAGACGACGAGAAUCUCGAGCUAGCUAUCGACUCAAACCACGAGAUCGAGAUCGAUCACAACGGCGAGAUGGUAAUGGUGUCCACUCCCGUCCAAGCACGAGCCCUCUCCGCCGAGCUAACAUACCAGCUCACAGUAGGACAAGAGUUCCCAGACGUCAAGAGCUGCCGCAGAGCUUUGAGAGACAUGGCCAUCGCUCUCCACUUCGAAAUCCAAACGAUAAAAUCGGACAAAACACGCUUCACAGCCAAGUGCUCAAGCGAAGGAUGUCCAUGGAGAGUCCACGCAGCAAAGCUCCCGGGAGUCCCAACGUUCACCAUCAGAACCAUCCACGAGAGCCACACGUGCGGAGGGAUAAACCAUUUGGGCCACCAGCAAGCCUCUGUUCAGUGGGUAGCCUCCUCAGUCGAGCAGCGUCUCCGCGAGAAUCCAAACUGCAAACCGAAAGAGAUCCUCGAGGAGAUACACAGAGUCCACGGCAUCACCUUGUCUUACAAGCAAGCGUGGCGCGGCAAAGAGAGGAUCAUGGCGACUAUGCGCGGCUCUUUCGAGGAAGGGUAUCGUUUGCUUCCUCAGUACUGCGAGCAGGUCAAGAGAACGAAUCCAGGAAGCAUCGCUUCUGUCUACGGUUCUCCGGCUGAUAACUGCUUCCAGCGUCUCUUCAUAUCGUUCCAAGCGUCUAUUUUCGGGUUUCUAAACGCUUGCAGACCGCUUCUUGGACUAGACAGGACGUAUCUGAAGAAUAAGUACUUAGGCACGUUGCUUCUAGCGACCGGAUUCGACGGAGACGGCGCUUUGUUUCCGCUAGCGUUUGGAGUUGUGGACGAAGAGAGCGAUGAGAACUGGAUGUGGUUCCUUUGUGAGCUUCAUAACCUUCUCGAGACCAACACCGAGAACAUGCCGAGGCUCACUAUAUUAUCAGAUAGACAGAAGGGGAUAGUGGAGGGAGUGGAACAGAACUUCCCAACGGCCUUUCACGGCUUCUGUAUGAGGCAUUUGAGCGAAAGCUUCCGUAAGGAGUUUAACAACACGUUGUUGGUUAACUAUCUGUGGGAAGCGGCUCAAGCUCUGACGGUGAUUGAGUUUGAAGCUAAGCUACUUGAAGUGGAAGAAGCUUCUCAAGACGCAGCUUACUGGAUCAGACGCAUCCCUCCGAGGCUGUGGGCUACAGCUUAUUUCGAAGGACAACGGUUUGGUCAUUUGACAGCUAAUAUAGUUGAGUCUUUGAACUCGUGGAUCGCUGAAGCUUCAGGACUUCCGAUUAUUCAGAUGAUGGAAUGCAUCAGGAGACAGCUGAUGACUUGGUUCAACGAACGGCGUGAGACAAGUAUGCAGUGGACUUCGAUACUCGUCCCAACCGCAGAGCGCCGCGUGGCGGAGGCGCUUGAGCUUGCGAGGACCUACCAGGUGCUUAGAGCUAAUGAGGCGGAGUUCGAAGUUAUAUCUCACGAAGGGAACAACAUUGUGGAUAUUAGGAACAGGUGUUGUCUCUGUAGAGGGUGGCAGUUAUACGGUUUGCCUUGUGCGCAUGCCGUUGCGGCUCUUCUUUCUUGUAGACAGAACGUUCAUAGGUUCACUGAGAGCUGUUUCACCGUGGCGACGUAUAGGAAGACUUACUCUCAGACGAUUCAUCCUAUUCCUGAUAAGAGUCUUUGGAGAGAGAUGUCGUCUGAGGGUGGUGGUGAUCCGAAUGUGAGUAAAGCUGCUCUUGAUGUUGUUAUAAACCCGCCUAAGUCGUUGAGGCCACCUGGUAGGCCGAGGAAGAGACGGGCGAGGGCUGAAGAUAGAGGACGUGUGAAGAGGGUUGUGCAUUGUAGCCGGUGUAACCAGACUGGUCAUUUCAGAACAACCUGUGCUGCGCCCAUUUGAUUUGCAGUAAUAUCAUCAACACAGUCUUCAUCAUAUACCUGAACCAUACUACUCUGUUAAGUGUACUGUACUAUAGAGUAUCACAUCGUUCUUGAUCAGUUUCAAGAUUUUAAGCAAUAGAUGGAAAUAAACACUUGAAGAAACAUUACAUAUAUGUUUGUUGUUUUCUCUUUUUUUUUUUAUGAAAUGUUCAGCUCGAGCAGAUGCAUAAACUAUUUUGUUUUCGUUUAACAAUUCUUGAGAUAAUAUAUUAUUCAUUUGGAAUGUA